CCAUCUCACAUCUGUGCUAGCUGCUUCGUGUAGUUUUCGUUAUUCACUGUAUAAGCUCAUCACCCCCACCGUGAAGUUAGCAAAAAUUACACCCAUAGUAGAAAAAUGCGUACGGGUGAACACCAAAAACGCCGAGAUACGAAAAAGGAGUAUCGUUGAUUCACGUCUGUUGCAAGGAAAGCUUUCACCGAAGCUGUAGCGACUGAGGGCUUCUUACGAGUAUAUUAUAGGAAAGACAUCGAGUGUGUGCAUAUAAUUGAAUAACAUGGCGUUGGACUUUACUGCGACGUACAAAGUCCUGGUACUCGGGGACUCGAACGUCGGGAAAACUUGCAUUGUUCACCGCUACUGCGACGAAAGAUACUACGACACUUACAUCUCGACAAUUGGCAUCGACUUCAAGCAGAAAAUCAUCAACCUCGACGGCAUUCCGAUAAAGCUGCAGAUCUGGGAUACCGCUGGUCAGGAGAGAUUCAGAACUUUAACCACUGCCUAUUACCGUGGAGCCAUGGGAAUAUUGCUGAUGUAUGACGUCACUAAUCUCGAAAGCUUCAAUCAUCUUUCUUAUUGGCUUCGUAAUAUACAAGAGAACGCGUCGCCCGACGUUGUAAAAGUCCUAGCGGCGAACAAAUGCGACGCCACGACGCAAAGAGCCGUAGAGACGGAAAGGGGCCAGAAAAUCGCUGAGAACUUUGACAUGCCUUUCUUCGAGGUGUCAUGCAAAGAGGAUGUCAACAUCGAGGAGGCUUUUCUGGCGCUGGCUCGAAGAAUACGGGAACAGCGCGGACGGCGGGCAAGCCUGUUCGAAGCCUCGGAAAAAGAAGGGGAGAACAGUAUCAUUAAAGCCCUGUCUCCUUCGCAGCAGGGAGACGCGUGGAAGUGCUCAUCAUGUUAGUUGGACAUUUAUCAAGUAUUGGAUGAUAUACUUAGUGUUACAGCCGAUAAAUUCCAAUAAGUCGAUUGUGUGUGUGUGCACGUGGCACACAAUUUUUUGAAUCGAAUCGCAUAUAAUGAGACAAACCGAAAUUCAACGUGACCAUUGAGUAUACGUUAAAAGAGAACGUUUGACUGACCAUAAUUAAUUUUUCCGUAUACCUUACCCUCAAGUUUUCAUUUAACAACAGCAGUAAAUGUAGUGCCGCACAUACUUAUCACGGCUCUGUCACAAUCAAAAAUUAAAUGUGAAUAAUGAUUGGUAUGUGUAUGUAUA